AGGCCACAACCCCUCUAGUUCAGAUUGCAAGAAAUUUUCCAACUCUAGCUAGUUUCUUCAAUUGGGUUGUUAACUCUCUCUUUUUUAAUAAUCGUUAGGUGCGGACUAGCUUAGUGCACCUCGGUACCUGAUACCUCCCUAUUUUUCUUUCUUUAAAAAUGGAAUAGUUUUCUUCUUUUGGUGUUUUUUCUGUUGUGGAAGGAAAAAGGCAGGACAAAUACCAUUUUGUAAAGAUUUUAGACUCUUGGCAAAUAAAGGAUAUAGCUACUUGGACUCUCAGUUUGAUCCUGAUCAUAAAUGGCUGAAGUGAUUGGUCCAAGAUUAUAUAGUUGCUGCAAUUGUAGGAAUGAAGUUGCACUGCACGAUGAUGUUAUUUCUAAAGCAUUUCAAGGAAGAAAUGGUCGAGCAUUUUUGUUCUCUCAUGUGAUGAACGUUGUUGUUGGGCUCAAAGAGGAUAGACAACUCAUGACUGGUCUCCAUACAGUUGCUGAUGUCUACUGCUCUGACUGUCGUGAGGUGUUGGGUUGGAAAUACGAACGAGCUUAUGAGGAGACACAGAAGUACAAGGAAGGCAAAUUCGUACUUGAGAAGUCGAAGAUUGUCAAGGAAAAUUGGUAGUCCGUCAUGCUAGGUCAAAGUGUGUGGUACAUGCUCAUUUUGUUAUAUCAAUUCUGAGCAAUUCAAAAGGUCAAUUCAUUGCUGCCAAUAGCCUGAUCUCAGCUUCUAUUUCUUGUGUGUGUUGUGCGAUUGGAUGAAAUAUCUGAGAUGCUGUAAAAAUCCUGUUAAUAUUCUAUCCUGAAAAUAAAAUCUUGUACAUAUAUCAUAUUUUCUUUA